CGUAGCUAUAAAAACGGGGGCGUCCUGGGGGUUUGGAGCGCAGAGCGGUUUAGUCGGUGGUCCAGGGAACAUUGUCUGUUGGUUGUGGUUUUUCGUUGGGGCUACCCGAGGCGAAGCGCCGGUCGAAGAAGAGGCCCAAGACAUCAGUUUUGGGUAGAAGAAAAUGGCCCGAACCAAGCAGACUGCUCGUAAAUCCACCGGGGGGAAAGCCCCGCGCAAACAGCUGGCCACCAAGGCUGCCCGGAAGAGCGCCCCCUCUACCGGCGGGGUGAAGAAACCGCACCGUUACAGGCCCGGGACCGUUGCGCUUCGAGAGAUCCGGCGUUACCAGAAAUCGACCGAGCUUCUGAUCCGGAAGCUGCCCUUCCAGAGGUUGGUGAGGGAGAUCGCCCAGGAUUUCAAAACCGACUUGAGGUUCCAGAGCGCGGCCAUUGGCGCUCUGCAGGAGGCUAGCGAAGCGUACCUGGUGGGUUUAUUUGAGGAUACCAACCUGUGUGCCAUCCACGCGAAGAGAGUCACCAUCAUGCCCAAAGACAUCCAGUUGGCUCGCCGGAUACGGGGAGAGAGAGCUUAAGAGAAGGCGGUUUUUACGGUGUUUUGUAGUAAAUUCUGUAAAAUACUUUGGUUUAAUUUGUGACUUUUUUUUGUAAGAAAUUGUUUAUAAUAUGUUGCAUUUGUACUUAAGUCAUUCCAUCUUUCACUCAGGAUGAAUGCGAAGUGACUGUCCACAGGCCUCAGUGGUGAGCGCUGUUGCUCGGGAGUGACGAGUUGCUAAUAUGCAGAAGGGGUGGGUGAGGUUUCUUGCUUCUCAUGAUGCAUGUUUCUGUAUGUUGAUGACUUGUUUGGGUAGCUAUUAAGGUACUAGAAUUGAUAAAUGUGUACAGGGUCCUUUUGCAAUAAAACUGGUUAUGACUUGAUCCAAGUGUUUAACAAUUGGGGCUGUUAAGUCAGACCAUACAUCACUGUGAUAGAAUGUGGGCUUUUUCAAGGGUGAAGAUACAAGUCUUAACCACAGUGUAACUUACAGUUUCCUUUAAAAAAAAAAAAAAAAAGUAAACCUGGCAGCUAUAGAAUACACUAUGUGCAUUUAUAAUAGCUAUUUUAUAUAUUGUAGUGUCAACAUUUUUAAAUUAAAUGUUUUACAUUCACAUGUGGUGGGGAGUCUUGUCAUUGAGGUGUGUGUAACUUGGGAGUCCAGGUGGUUUUCUCCCGACUAGACUGCACUUGAUUUAGUUGUAGGAAAUGCUAUGCCGCAUUGUACCUUGUAUAAGUCCUCAUUCUACCACAUGUUAACUAACCCUCUAGUUGAUAACUGCAGACACUAAUGGGGGAUUUUAUUUAUAAGGGCUCUAGAGAAUAUAGAAGUUUUUCACACCAGCAUCUUCUGUUUAUCUUCAGAUUAUACUAGUUAGUGCAGCUUUUCAUUGUGUCGUGGUGGGUCUCAUAACUAGGUUGAGUUUUUCUCCUCUACCAAGAGGAGACAAUACCGAACUUCUUUUCCUUGUGGAGUUUGUAUUAUAGUAACCCUUAGAGUAAACUUGCUGUGGGAGAAGGGCACACAGCUCCAGCUCACUGAACUUCUGCCAAUUACGAUGUCGGGCUAGGUUACGUCUAGUAUACCGUCCUGGGGAAAUCACUUUUACAGAGAUGGCCUUCAGAGUGGUUUUCAAAUUUUAUCUCCUAUUGAAGUUUAUAGGUCAAUUAUGUGUGUUGACUAAAUUUACAAAUAAAGUUGCUUGUCCAA